AUGGCUGACGAAAUAUCUUCUUCUUCUUCUCAACUGAGUAUCGUUGUUGAUUUAACAUCAUCACCGUUCAAUUUUAAAUCACUCUAUAGUAAUCUUUCAUCUCAAUUACCCUUAAAUUCUGAUCAUCAUUAUUGGCAUUUUGGUGGUCUUCGUUUUUAUACAAUCCCAUUUCAAUCUAAUUAUGAUGAAACAACUAUCAAUAAUAUUAUAUCAAAAUUAAGAUCCAUACAAAAUUCUCCAACUUUAUUCCCACCAUUUUGGAUUUCAUAUAAAGAAUGUCAACCACAAACAGAUUCCUCAUCUUCAUCAUCAUCUGAGGUUAUCAAAAAGAAUCUUAAAUUAGGGAAAUUUCAAACUGACAAUACUUUUCAAAUAGAAUAUACAUCAGGUUCACUUGUUCAACUAAAUAAAUAUGUUUAUGAUCGACAAACAGAAAUUAAAAAUGGUUCAUCUAUACAAUUUUAUUAUGAUAGAAUUGAUUUUGAUUAUGGUGGUAGUGAAGAAUUAAAUUUGCGGAAAACAUUUAAAGCUGAAAUCAUGGAUAGAUGUGCUGUUAUAAUGACUGAGCAAAAUAGUUUUACAUUAUUUAUUAAUAUGACUGGAAAUUCAAUCGAUUAUACAGGUACAAUUAAUGAUAAGAAAUUUAAUCCACCACAACAAGGCUCUUUCUUUCAUAAAACAACUGAACCAAAUAUUUCAUAUCGACGUACAGCAUGUCAAGAGUCAAAACCAUUUUAUUCAACAAUUCGUCUUGUUAUUUCAAUUCCAAAUGAUAAACUUAAUGAUGAAAAUCGUGAAGAACAAUAUCGAUGUUUAAAAGAUUGUUAUACAAGUUUCAUAGAAUUUUUUCAUCGUAAUCAUAUAAAUGAUUGUUUUGGUAAUAUUACAAGUGUAACAUCAACAAAAGAUUAUAUACCUACAUUAUCAUCGUUUAUGAAUAAUGAAACAAUGUCAUUUAUUCAACAAUAUUGCUGGCAAAUGUUAUUAUCUAUUGGUUAUCGAUUUCAGCAAAGAUUAACGGAAGGUUUUAUUCGACAUAUGAAUUUAAUCAAAGAUGAUGAUGAAUUUUAUCAGACAUCUCUUCAUAUAUGGCGUCGUUCCAGUGAAUAUUAUUUUAUUGAUUUACUUGCUGAGUUACAUGGUUACCAACGAAAAAUAGCUAAUAUAUCACAAUUAACAUCUCCUAUGGAUAGUCGAUAUCAAGAAUCAAUGAAAGAAAAAAACGGUGAACAAGAACGUUGGAGUAUACAUACCCCACCAUGUCAUUAUGCAUAUGUUCCAUCAGUCACGUUAACACCAACAACAAUCUGUGUUAAACCAUUGAAAUUAGUUAAAACGAAUCGAGUUUUACGUGCAAAAGAACAAUUUGGUGGACAUCUUAUGUUUGCUCUUGUUGAUAUAAAAGAAGAAAAUUGUAGAACGGAUAUAUUUCCACAUGACUAUCGUGCAUUACGUAGUAAAACAGAAAAGUUACUUCAAUAUGGUUUUGAUUUAGGUAAAAAAGGACGAACAUAUCGAUAUUUACAUCAUUCACAAUCACAAUUAAAAGACAAGCAGUUCUGGUUCUAUUAUCAUGAUGGCCAAACAAAUUUUUCAUUUGAAAAGGCAUUUGCUUGGAUGGGUGAUUUUCAAGAAGAAAAAGUUGUUGCUAAACAUGCAGCACGUAUUGCACAAUGUUUUACAAGUGCAGAAGCAACAUUUAAAAUUCCAUCAGAACAAGUUGAAUAUAUUAAAGAUAUUCAAACAGAUGAUCAUAAAUAUAAUUUUACUGAUGGUGUUGGAACAAUGUCAACAGCUGUGCGUGAUAUGAUUGAUCCACAUCGAAAAUUUGCAGCUAUUCAAAUUCGUUAUGGUGGUUGUAAAGGUGUAAUAUCUGUUAAUCCUGAUUUAGAUGAUGCUCCUCAUCAAUUACGUAUACGUAAAUCAAUGAAAAAAUUCAAUUGUGCACAUGAUAUUCUUGAAAUAUGUCGAAUAUCUAAACCGAGACCAUUAUAUUUAAAUCGACAAAUAAUUGUUUUACUUUCUCAUCGUUCUAUUGACGAUCGUAGAUUUCUGAUACUUCAAAAUGAACAUCAACAAGGUCUAUCGGAAUCUCUUGUGUAUCCAGAUCGUGCACAUGAAUUAUUAGCUGAAAAAUUAAAUCGAAAUUUAUUUCCAUUACGUUCAUUAAUCAAUGAUGCACAUCUUAAUUUAAUUCAAGAACCAUUUUUUCGUCAAUUAUUAAUAGCAAUUGGAAAAGUUGAAUUAGCACAAAUGAAAGAACGUACACGAUUGAAAUUACCUAAAAAUUCUGCAAGAAAUAUGAUUGGAAUUGUUGAUGAAUAUGGUGUAUUAGAAUAUGGACAAGUUUUUAUUCAAUAUACAGAAUUAAAUGGAGAUUAUAUGAAUAAUAAUGAUUCAGGAAAAGCAGUUAUACUUCAACAAAACGUUGUUGUAACAAAAAAUCCAUGUCAUCAUCCAGGUGAUAUUCGAGUCUUUUCUGCUGUUGAUGUACCACAAUUAAGACAUUUAAAAGAUGUUAUUGUUUUUCCUCAACGAGGAGAACGACCACAUCCAAAUGAAAUUUCUGGUUCGGAUCUUGAUGGUGAUGAAUAUGCUGUCAUCUGGUAUCCACCAUUUAUUCCAGAAACACCAAAUGAUAUUCCAUAUGAUUACGAUUCACAAAUUCCAAUGUUACGUAUUCCUGAUCGUCCAGUUGAACGUUCAGAUAUUCAAAAAAUUGUAUUAGAUAUUAGUGAACAAUCAUGUGCUGGAAAAUUAUGUACAAUUCAUUUAGCUUAUAUGGAUCUUUUCGGUGUUGCACAUCCAAGUACAUUAGCUAUUGCUGGAUAUAUAUCCCAAGAAUUAGAUUCAUCUAAAACAGGACAUCAUCCAUUACAACCUAAAGAAAUUAUGCAACUACAAUCAGUAUUAGGAAAUAAACGACCCGAUUAUUUUGAUAAACCCUAUCAUGAACCUUAUCCAUCAAAACAUAUACUCGGUCAAUUAUUUCGUUCAUGUCUUCGUUUCGAAUCAAAUUGGGAAACAGUUCAAACACCACCAACAACUGUAUGUGAAUCACCAAUUGAUCCAUUACUUGUACAUGAUUUACAUUAUGAAUUUACUACAGCUGUUAAAGAAAUCGGACGUAUAUAUCGUGAAGCUAUUAUGGAUAUCUUAUAUGUUUAUCGUUUUUCAUCUGAUGUUGAUUUACUUUGUCGAUUUGAUUCAUCAUUACAAUAUCGAACAACUUUAUCUAAACAACAAACUGAAUCAGCUUGUCUUAUUGCUGAUUCAGCACAAGUUGAAUUAAAACAAUUAAUACGUCGUAUACGUAAAAUAUUUUAUGAAGAUUUAAAUUCAUGUGAUAAAUCGAGUUCAUAUCGUUGUCAUUCAAAUUGUAUACAAUGUGCUGAAAGAAAAAUGGCUAAAGCCAGUGCAUUAUACAUAUUUUGUUAUACUGAUACACAACAUGCAAGACGAAUGUUAAGUUUACCAUGGUUAUUUGCACCAUUAUUAAUUAAAACACGACAAUUAAAUAUAAAAAAACAAACAAAAUUAUUAUCACCAAUGUAUGUUGCACAAAUGCUUGAAAUUCAACCAUUUCGUUUAAUUGGUCAAUCUUUACGAAAUGCAGUUCAACAUUUAAUUGAUACAAAAGAAUCCUUUUAUUUUCAACAUACAUAUUCAUCUGAAACACCAACUACAGUUACUGUUACUCUUCGUCCAAUAUCAUCGGUCAAGCGUCUUUUUCGAAAACUUGAAUUACCACUAAUUGAUUAUCUAUUAAUUGAAGUUUUUCAUCAUUAUGUUUCUGAUUCUCUAUCGGAAGCUCGUUCACCAGUAACGACAGCAAAACCAGCACUUGUUACUUCAGUUUGGCAACAUAUUUUAACACGUUUUGUUCUUAAUGAAUGUUCACCAUUACUUCUUUUAAAAGCAACGAAUUCAUCAAAAAUAAAAGAUUUAUCAUGUUGGUCAGAUGAACAAGCAUGCAUGACAUUACAACGUUUUAUCGAUAUUAGUACUCAAUGUGCUGAUCAUGGACCAAAAUCAAUUGAUUAUGGACAUGCACAUGAAUAUUUUGUUUCAAUUCUUCAAAAAAUGGCUACAACAGGUUCUCUAUUUUCAAAUUAA